GCUAAUGAAUGUUUAUUGCGACUCGACCCUCGACUUGGGUCGUAAAGUCGUUCGGAAGGAGCAGAACAACGGUUGGUCGGUUCCGAACUUAAAAAUUAUCGCUUUUUCAAAAUUUUGGCUGGCGGUGGUAAAUCGCCCAGUUCGAAUUUUUGUUACUCCACUCCUGACUUGACUUCAGUCGGGUUUGGUGUUUGAUGCUUUCAAGUUCGUGACGUAAUCGCCAAGGCCAACCUUAAAAACCGACGUACGUAAACCGUAAAUUCGCUGUUGUGCGCCGAUCUUUGGAACGAUGAGCAGCGGGUUGGAUGUGUUGAGUGGCUCGUUGAGGGUGCGAAAUAGCACUUUUAAAAGCCCGAAAAAUUUAAAUAACGUGAAAAAUUGUAGAAACGACGAAGUGAAGGCAUGCCCUAGCGUAAUGUCCCCAGAAACGAAGAGAUUGCUGCCGCCGAACACUGAAACUGUUCAAACGAAACCGUUCCCUAUUCGUGGUGAACGUGCAAACUAUGUCAACAGUCCUCAUGUCAUCGCCAUGGUCGGCUUACCUGCCAGAGGCAAAACCUACAUUUCCAAAAAGCUGUCACGUUACUUGAACUGGAUCGGGAUCAACACUAGAGUGUUCAACUUGGGCGAAUACAGACGACACGCAACAACGGCAUACCAAAGUCAUGACUUCUUCCGGCCAGACAACACAGAAGCUAUGGCGAUAAGGGCGCAGUGCGCAAUUGAAGCUCUACAAGAUGUCUGCCAGUGGCUAGAAAACGGAGGCGAGGUAGCUGUCUUCGAUGCGACCAACUCCACAAUGGAGCGUAGAAAAGUAAUCCAAGAUUACGUUGUCAAUAAAAUGGGUUUUAAACUGUUCUACGUGGAAUCCAUAUGCGAUGAUCCUCAGAUUAUUGAACAGAAUAUAAUGGAAGUGAAAAUAAGUAGCCCGGAUUAUACUAAUAUGAAUAAAGAAGCCGUUCUUGAUGAUUUUCUGAAACGAAUCCAGCAUUAUCAAGAGAAAUAUUCCCCAUUAGACGAAGAAGAAGAAAAAGACAUUUCAUUUAUGAAGAUUUACAAUACUGGAGAAAAAGUGUUGGUGCACAAGCAUGAGGGACAUGUACAAGCUAGGAUUGUGUAUUAUUUAAUGAAUAUUCACAUAACUCCCAGGACAAUUUAUCUAACACGGCAUGGAGAAAGCGAACACAAUCUAUUAGGCAGAAUCGGUGGGGAUUCAAAUUUGAGUCAACGUGGUCGGCAAUAUGGUAAUGCGCUGGCAUCAUACAUUCAUGAGCAAAAAAUCGAAGGACUCCGAAUCUGGACUUCUUGGCUGAAAAGAACGAUUCAGACAGUCUCAGGAUUAGACGUGCCCCAAGAGAGAUGGAAGGCUCUAAAUGAAAUUGAUGCCGGCGUUUGUGAAGAAAUGACCUACGAGGAAAUCAAAGAGAACUACCCCGAAGAGUUUGCUUCCAGAGACCAAAAUAAAUUCGCUUACAGAUAUCCCAGAGGAGAGAGUUAUGAAGAUCUGGUAGCUAGAUUAGAGCCAGUUAUUAUGGAACUGGAAAGGCAAGGGAAUGUGCUCGUGGUGUCACAUCAGGCAGUGUUGAGGUGUCUCUUGGCUUAUUUCUUGGAUAAAUCGGCAGAUGAAUUGCCUUACCUCAAAGUACCGCUGCACACAAUAAUCAAGCUAACUCCAGUUGCCUAUGGGUGUCGUGUAGAACACAUUAAAUUGCCAAUCGACGCUGUUGAUACACACCGUGGCAAACCCAAGGUUCCCGGUGAACUGGAGGAAAAGUUCAGGCUCAAGGAUAACUUAAAAACAGAUAACACGUCAACUUGAAUUUGUAAAAAAAAGGGAAAAGUUGUGACUGAACAGGGUGCCUAAUAUAAUGAUAUUUUGCGAUCUGCUCUAAUUGUGAUUAAAAUACAAACAUUAUUGGUUAUUAGCAAACAAAUUUAUUAAAUAGCUCUAUUAACAUCUAAAUCAAUAUCAAUUUACCUUCAUUGACGUGCAAUUUUGUAUGCAAGAAUAUUUCAAUAUUUAAGGAGAAAGACUACUUAUAAGGUUUAUUUCAAUUUACAAGACGAUGUGAAUUCUUUUGCUGUGGAUUUAAUAGGUAUAAUAUAAUAAUAAUAUUUAGAAAUGUGGUGUAUAUAGGUACUGUAUCUGUUAAUAUACUAUAUUUUAUAUGUU